CGAUGAGGUUGUGUGGAGCAAAGUAGUGAUUCCAUAUUCACCCCGUUAUGUGUCACUACCGCUAUAUUUUUAAGUCUCAUUACUUUCUUUACUUAACUAUUGAUUUUUAAGUUCCAAUCAGCUCCAAGCUAAAGCUUUAGAUUCUCAUUUCUCAAAAUCCAAACAUGGGAGGGAGAAGGCAAAGGCUCCACCUUCGUCCACCUGCUCAUCGUCGUUCUAAGCCUGGUGGCUUUUGGUUUCGCCAUUGCUGCUGAAAGAAGGAGAAGGUCAUAUGAUGACAGAUCAAAAUAAUGCGACAUACUGUGUCUACAGCUCAGAUGUUGCAACUGGUUAUGGAGUGGGCGCUUUUCUGUUUCUUCUUUCUGGUGAAUCGCUGCUGACAGGUGUUACAAAGUGCAUGUGUUUUAGGAGACCUUUAGCUCCAGGUAGGAAUCGAGAUUGGACCAUCAUCUACUUUGUGUCAUCAUGGACAACAUUUCUGGUAGUUGAAGUGAGUCUAAUAGCAGGAGCUACAAAAAAUGCCUACCACACCAAAUAUAGGGGAAUGAUUAUUACACAGAACUUCUCCUAUGAAACAUUGCAGAAAGGAGUAUUUGUGGUUGUAACGAUGAUCCUGAAUGUUUACUUCUACAUGUAUUUCACCAGGGCCACUGCUGCCCAGGCUGCCCACAAAGCAAAUCGUGCAAGUUUGACAGUUGGGAUGACUAGCACUGAGUAUGCAUAGAGCCAGCCAAUGAAACUAGAUAGCUAAGUUUUGUUUCUUAACGUCAUGCGGGUUUAUGUAAGUCUACUGAUAUCUAGUGUUUGUGUUCAAAGAUAAUAUAGUGUUGUUAUGAUUUUAAUUUUUC